ACCCACCACAAACCUCAAAGGCAGCUGUGGCCCAUUUCUUUUGCACCGUGGCUCCCUUUUCAAGCUGGAUUCUGUGGAAGCCCCCAUCACCUUGACCCUGACCCACUCCAGCCCCAACCCCUGUACCUCUUCCUUGUGGGCAGAGCCCCACUGACCUUCAGGCGGAGAAAAGAGCGUCUUCCUGAGGGGGAGUGCCUCCUUUGGUAGUAGCACCCUGCAGUGCUGCUGCUUCUUUGAUGAUGAUGAUGGCGCUGGUUGGUGCUGAGUCACAAAAGGGACACACCGUGCAAGCAAAGAUGAAGUAGUAGCAAUGAAGGGGAACAAGGCUCAUCUAUGGGGCGGUCUCACAGCAAACAUGAAGAUGUGGCAGGAGCACCUCAUGGUCAUAGAAGCUUAGAAAGCAGCAAGGUCAAAGACUCCAAGUCGCCUGUCCAACAAGAGCAGAAUCCACAUCUGCACCAAAGCCCGGUUCAACCCUCAACAUCCAAAGCAGUAAAGAAGCCGGGGGCGCCACAUCUUUUGCAAAUAGACGCAUCUGUUGAUAAACCUGGCAAAAAGAAAAAGUUUAUUAUUCCCAAGAUCAGUAUUACUCGGCCUUCUGAUGAAGUACUGGUGACCACCUUUGCUGACGAACUCCCUGAGACCAAAACCAUCCGGGACAGCGAGGACUAUGGCCCGUUUACCGUGCACUCGAAGCCCAGCACAGUAGAUGCAUAUCGGAGCCAAAGGGAGGUUCAGAUUGCGGAGAGGCCUUUUGCAAGACGUCUUUGGAGGACCUUCCUCCAUAUAUGUGUGAUCUGCUUUGGGUGCUUCGAAGAAAAGCGGGACAGAACUUUUUUAAGAUAAGUAAAAUAAAAGUGCCACACACACCUAUUCCCAUGCCAAGGAUUACGGGCUGGAGGCUCAUUCUGCUGUGCUCAUUUGCUCAGACCUAUCCUCUGCUGAUUUAAAAGCCCGGCAUGUGUUGGCUUUUAGAUUAAAAACAUGCUACAAAAACCUAGUUGUCCUACUGUCUGUAAAUGAUUGACAGCUCCAAACAAGCCUCAGCUGCUCAGCAGCAUGUGAAAUGGCAGGCUGCCGGCUACAUGACCUUUUGAAGUAGAUGCCUGCUCAUCAGAGACAAAAUGCAUCCAGCCAGAGAUUUAACUUCUAGAGACAGAGGAGCGGGAGCUGAGCCCUGGAGAGCAACUCAAGCAACACACACUAAUCACAGUUGAAUAAGCCACUCUCCAAAAGGCGAA